AUGAAGUGGUUUUCAGUAGAUUCAGUAUAUGACUCUGUCCGACCCGUGUAUCGAGCGGGUAAAUUGAUAGGAAUUUUCACCCACACAAUCGACUUCGAGCGACAAGUGCUGAGUACAAAUACACGGGAUCAGGUUUUGCUGGUAGUGGCGAUUCUGAUGGAUGUGUAUGCUCUUACAGUGUCAACAAGAGUAUCGUACAGCUUCUCCAAUUCGAUCCUUUUAAAUGUGGGAAUCUAUUGCUCGGUGAAUUUGGGAAUUAUCAUUUCUCUUAGCAUUUCGCUCUGCAAUCGAUUCGUUGUGGGACGGAUGUUCAGAAUGUUUAAAACACUCGAUGGCGUGGAUCAAAUCCUCAAACGCGAUGGUUACCGGUUGAAUCAUCAAUUGAAUCAUCUACUUAGUUGCAUUUACAUGGCGGUCCCAAUACUCGUCAACUUUUUUUUGAUGAUAUCAACAUUCUUUAUUGUCCAAGAUCAAUCAUCGCAACAGUUUACUGCAACAGAAAUGGUAGUUUUUCUACGAUCAUCCCUUGUGUUUACGAUCUUCGGAUCGUACAUUACUGUAGCUCUGACAACAAUUUACAUGCGCUUUCGUGCGUUGAACAAAAUGAUCAGGUUUCUUUGCAGUGAGAAAUUCCCAACGACACGGACGGCAGAUCCCUACAAACAUAGCAACUCAUCAGUGACGGAAGUGGUCGGUAUCGUGCGUUGUAUUGGAGACAUCCACGAACGACUCAGCGAAACCAUAGUCGACUUUAACUACUGCUUUGCUCUACAAAUACUUUUGAUGAUGGCAUCUGCCUUUGGCUACACGCUGUUUUCCAUUUUUGGUCUUAUUCACGCAUUCUCACAAGUAGAAGAAGAUGAAUCGCAUCAAGUAUCGAUGAACAAUAUGGUGUACGGUUGUAUCUAUCUAUCUUUCAUUAUUCAGGUUGUUGUUGCGGGAAGUUUAGUGACAAAAGAGUGCAAAAGAACUGUAAUAUUUGUUCACAAAGCAGUAUGCUAUGGUUACUACGAUAUGCCCAUACUUCUAAAGAUUAAAUUCCUUUCCCAGCAGCUACGGAGCGUUGCGCCCCGUGUUUCAUGCUUGUUGUUUGAUUUUGAGUGGCCAUUUCUAGUUUCGGUAGCUGCUACACUUGUGAUGCAUGUCGUUAUUCUUGUUCAAUUUGAUCUGUCAAUUAUUGCCAAUAAAGUAUGAAACCACAGCACCGCUACGUCAUAGUCCAUUAGG